AAGACAAAAAGCCUUCAGUUUUUUGCAGUCUUUAUGAGCUCCAUUGAAAUUUAGCUUUUGGAUUUGACAUAGCACAUCAGAAUAAAAAGAUCAACGGGACGGUAACACGGUGUUUUCUAAUUAAAUAUCAUAUUCCGUAAUGUCCAGUGCUUAAUGUUUACAAUUAUUAACUCUUGGCUGUCUUUACAGUGUCUAAUACAAUUUUUGUGUUGUAUUUUGGCGUUAAGUCAGGUUUCUGUACUGUAUUCAAUCCAUUUCCCAAAGCUUUAACUCAGACCGCGACUUCUGUAAACACCACCUUGACUCGUUUCACGAACAGUGGUGAAACACGACAUCUGUGCAGUUGUCAGAUUUGACUACCUUUCCCAGAAUGCUUAACAUCACUUCCACAUCACGUGGGUAUACCCAAUCGUUACCGAGGUCAGGAUACACAUCCGAGGUCAACCGCCACCACAACACAGCCUGCGCAAUGUUCUUUUUCUGAUCCUCAGAAAACGAGCAUCCACAGUUAUGGAGUCACCAAAGGAAGCGGAGCCAGUUCUGCGACAUGUGGAGCUGGACGUCUUGAUCCCAAAGAAAAUGAGGGAGAAGGCCAAAGAGCGCUGUCAGGAGCAUGUCCAAGCUUUCACCCAGUGCUGUAAGGAGACGGGCUUCAUGAUGGUGAUCAAGUGCCAGGAGCAGAACACUGCGCUCAAGGAGUGCCUGACCCUGCACUACAAGGAUCCAGCUUUUUUUGAAGAAUGCAAGCAGGAGUACAUAAAGGAGAAGGAGGAGUAUCAGAGGACUGGGAUUCCUAAUAAGAACAGGAAACAGAAGCUGCCCAGCAGCAUGUAGCCUGGUGGCAUGUGGCCCUGCAGCGGAGGCCCUUCUCCGCACUCUUGUCUCUGCUUUUCUCUUCCAGGACCACAAUAGGAACGGUCCUUCCCAUUUGGAGAGACUCUCUGUAAUGACAGCUGAUCCAUGCACUGAGUUUUCUUUUUUGCGAACAAAGAAUGUAUUCAGUCUAGUUAUUUAAUUUCGUCCUACAGCGUGAAAUUAAAUAAAUGAUUAAACAAAGUGAGUCCGAAAUGCAGAUAGAGUGAAACGCAGUGAUCCUCCUCAGGUGUUGUGUUAGUAGGUGGUCUUCUGUGUUGAGAGGUGUGUGUUCACUUCCUUGCCCUCCUUUGUUUGCUGUGACAGAACACACUCGGGGGACGGUCAGCAAUUAACCUCCGACACGUGCUUAAUCACUUAAAUAAAUGUGUUUGCUGUGUGGAACACAAGAUGAAUUCCACUGAAGUAAAUGUGAUAAUUGAAGAAGCAAUUGACUGAAUAUUUUUGGGAACUUAAACAGCUUUUUCACUCUUUUUACUAAUUACAUGAGUAAGAAAGAAGUGCAAUUCAAUUUCGUCUUUGAAUAAACAGUCACCAAAGGGCACUUCAUGUGUCUUUUGAUAACACGUGAAAUGUGCUGUGUUUAUUGAGGUGUCCGCUAGCGGACGGUCCAACACGGUUCUCGCAGAGCCUUACGGGGACUUGAACGACACACACUCUCUCGUCUCCAUGAGUACAGAAACCGGGACUCGGGGAAGCACAUCAGCUUGAUGUACGAAAUAAAGGAAAAUGACAGGACUAUGUGCAGAGUGUUUUCAUAUUUACUCUUUAAUAACAUAAUUAAACAUUUAUUUGUGUUUUUAUUCUAUGCUUCAAUUUGUAUGCACAGUAAACAUAAGUAUCUGGUUUAAUCCUGUUCAGAUUAACGUAAAACAUAAUAAAUGGCCCUUUUCAGUUAGUUUUAUCUAUGCGUUGGUGGAAAAUGUUGACUGUAUUUGGUCUGGCUACAGCAGAAUGGUUUUUGGGAACGGCUACGAUGAUCCUGAACAUGAACUUUGAACGUAAGUGAACAUGUCAGGAGCUGGGGUCACGGUUGUCUACAUCAGUUCCUGAUGCCCAUUUUUGGAAUCGACCGUGCAUCCAGACGAUUUUGUUUUUCGUUACGGACAAACCGCCAGGCAACCAGGCGGAAUGCCAUACUUGGGGGCGACCUCAGGAUGUGGAGGUUGUUGGCUGUUACCGCUUCCUGUUGAGAAGGUUUCCCUUCUCGGAAACCCCUAGGCUUUGGUGUUGCCAUUCCUGUUAGUACAGCACACAUAUUUCAAACUUUGUUAAUGUUUUAUUUAUGACUGGCAGAGACGUGGAGGGCGUUGACGGAUAUUUUGAACACCUUUACAGCGCUGCAGUCACGUGAGGGUUUUGGAUACACUUGACCAGAUGUUUGCUUUUCUGUAGCACACUUACAGUUUCUUGUCUUACAUUGUCAUGGUUCUUUCUACUGUCUUCAUUUUGGUGUUUAGCUGUUGGGUUUCUGGUCACAUUUCUUAUUGUUCACUUCUAGUUCUACUUCUGGAGUUAGAAGCAGAAAAGUUUGAGUGCUAAAAGUCCAGUAGUAAUGACCUGUGCUGCAGUGUGAAUUCACCGCAUUCCUGUCCCUCCAGGUAAAAACAUGGUCAGUGUGAUUGAGCUGUCACGUCAGGCCUGUGGGAGGGUUCCUUCUCGCUGCAUUCUGUCCAUCUUAAUGUAGUAUGUGACAUUUUUUCAGAUUUGCUGAUGUCCUGCACUUGGUUUAAUGACUUGUGACCAGUAAAAUUUUGACACAUUCUUAUAUUUUCCACCACCUUGCAUUUUCCCAGAAAGAACAGUUAAUUUAGAAAAAUGCCUUUCACACGUUUUCUCCACUGCAGUCACAUGGCACAUGCUGUGGUUUUAACUUAAGUCUUCAGCAUUUUGUCACGAGUUAUGUUUGCAAGGUGUGUUUUAUAAAGCGCAACUGAGCAGAGUGAAGAGCAGGACGGAAGGUGUGCAGUUCUCUUUAGUUCUGCGCAUGUACUUUUGUUGAACUUUUGUUGAACCUUUUAGUAAUGUUGACA